ACGUUGACUUAUGAUCUACUUUUGUUGUUGUAUUAUACUCCAGUGUAGAAUGUGUAGACUUUAUUAGGGGGCAGAGAUGUCAGGCCGUGAUUUUCCAAUCAACUUUUUGAGUUACUCUAUUCUCUCACCCUCUCUCAAUAGACCGUUGUGAUUGGACUACAAAAGUCUCAAGUAGUGAUUUUAAUUGGUAGUUAGUGACCUUGAGGGCAUAAAUAAUGGAUCAUGUGACUGUAAAUUAAAAACGCUAUCGUAGUGAACAAUAUAAUUGCUAAAGUAUACACGUUAUGGCUAGUAUUAAGGCGAUAGUAGUUGGGGCUUUGGCUGUCUCUUGAUUUUACUGACAUUCAGAGAAAAUGAAGUGUCCUGCAUGCAAUAAAGAAGUUUACUUUGCUGAACGAGUCAGUUCACUUGGUCAAGACUGGCACCGUCCGUGUUUAAAGUGUGAGAGAUGCAAAAAGACUCUCACUCCAGGUUCUCACUGUGAACACCAAGGGAAGCCUUAUUGUGAAAAUCCUUGCUAUAGGACACUGUUCGGUCCCAAAGGUUAUGGGACCGUGGCCAGCAGUCAUAUCUACAAGUAAAUAACGAAUCAUCAAUACCAGAUAGUCAUAUAACUCCUCGAUUUCAAUGGUCAUGUAAUAAUUUUUUAUAAGAAAAUAUUCAUAUUUAUUAAAACGUUGCCUUAUUUCUUCAUUUUCUUUCUUGAGAUUUUGUGACGAAAAUGAAUCUUAGAAGUUGCAGGUUUUGUUUUCCACUUUCUCAGAACUACUGUUUAACUUAUAUUUUCAGUGAAAAGUGAGGAGUUGAUUAUCUAGAGCUAAAUGUUAGUUUACUAGCUUUAAAAUAUUCACACAUGCAGCAACAAGUGUGUCUCAAAGAAAGUCACACAUUUACGUAAUGAGAAAGUGACUAGUGAAACACCUUUCUUUUUCGUCACGAAAUAUUUUGCACUGUCUGAACUACAUUGUACCUCGAUAGAUGAUGCCCAAAUAAAAUAAGUUAAUCGGG